AGAAAGAAAAGAAAAAAAGAAAAGGAAACGAAGAAAGAACGGAAGAAAAAGGCCAGUCUGCGCAGCUGACUGCCUCUCCCGCCGCAGCCGCGGGGCCUCAUGGAAGGCGGGGAGGACCACAGAGCGGGCGCCACAGUGCAGGGCCCCGAGGGGCGGCCGGCGCCGGAAGCCAGGGUGCACUUCCGCGUGGCGAGGUUCAUCAUGGAGGCAGGUAUCAAGCUAGGGAUGCGGUCCAUUCCCAUUGCCACUGCUUGCACCAUUUACCGUAAGUUUUUCUGCGAGACCAAUCUGGACGCCUAUGACCCUUACCUGAUUGCCAUGUCUUCCAUUUACUUGGCCGGCAAAGUGGAAGAGCAGCGCCUGCGGACUCGUGACAUCAUCAAUGUGUCCAACAGGUACUUCAACCCAAGCGGUGAGCCCCUGGAAUUGGACUCCCGCUUCUGGGAGCUCCGGGACAGCAUUGUGCAGUGUGAGCUUCUCAUACUGAGAAGUAUGCGCUUCCAGGUCUUCCAGCAUCCACACAAGUACCUGCUCCACUACCUGGUUUCCCUCAGGAAUUGGCUGAACCACCACAGCUGGCAGCGGACCCCCGUUGCCGUCACUGUCUGGGCCCUGCUGCAGGACAGCUACCACCGGGGGCUGUGCCUCCGCUUCCAGGCCCAGCACAUUGCCGUGGCGGUGCUCUACCUGGCCCUGCAGGCCUGUGGAGUCGAGGUGCCUGCCGAGGUCGAGGCUGAGAAGCCGUGGUGGCAGAUUUAUACUGUAGACACAGAGAUUCCCCUAAGGCCCUGGCCAGGCCUGCCCAAAGAGAAGCCCAGGAUGGUCAGCUGCCUGGGGACACUGCCACCACAUCGCCAUGAUGGCUGGUCCCCAGAGGACCAGCUGGGAGGACUGAUUGUGCUGCUGGAGAAGGGCUGGUGA